AUGAAACGAGCGGCUCCUCACACCAAGAGUGGCGACGCAGAGAAACUGAUCAAAUAUUACGAAGAUCGGGCCAUCAAGGAGCUUCGAUUUACCGUCAAUGGGAUGCCUGUUCACGUGCAGAAUAUUGACCCGGAGUGCACUCUAUUAGAGUGGCUGAGGGCAUCUGGACUGUGUGGUGCCAAGUUGGUCUGUGGGGAAGGGGGGUGCGGUGCCUGCACGGUGUCUGUGUUCACUACCGACAUCGUUACCGGCAAGCCCGUGCAUCGAUCUGUGAACUCGUGCCUAGUGUCCGUCUGCGAUGUUUCUGGGUGUGAAGUAACUACGAUCGAGGGUGUCAAAGUGACAAACACUACGUUGCACCCGAUCCAGAGAAGUCUAGUUGAGGCGCAUGGCUCCCAGUGUGGCUACUGUACACCUGGAAUGGUUAUGAGCAUUUACGCGAAAUGGGCGGAUGGAAAGAGACAAGUCGAGGGCGAUAUGAACUCGGUGAAGCUCGAGCGAAAUGGCGAUCAUGCUACUAUCGGGUCUGCCGUGUCGUUAACCACUCUGAAGGAGCUCAUCCAAGAGGUGGAAUACUGCGGAUCCGACGUCCUCCGAGGGGUGGUUGCCAUGCUUCGCCUUUUCGCAUCUGAGCAUGUGCGUAACCUCGCUACGUUGGGAGGCAAUAUAGUUACGGCCAGCCCGAUCUCUGAUCUUAACGUUAUAUGGGUAGCUGCAGGAGCUACUUUUCGGAUAGCGAUGCUAGAGUCCGCUGAAGUCAAAUACAGAGAUGUUGCCGCGGAUGAUUUUUUUCUCUCAUAUCGUAAAGUUGAUCUGCAAGAUAACGAAAUUUUGGUCAGUGUCACGGUCCCCCUCCGCUACGACAUUUUCCGAGUCUUCAAGCAGUCGCGUCGUCGUCAAGACGACCUUGCCAUCGUGAAUGUUGCCAUUGCAGCUCGUUUGGUAGAAGGUGUAAUUUCUGAAGCUCGAGUAGCUCUCGGUGGUAUGGCCCCUACCACCAUUCGUGGAUACCGAACCGAGGGAUCGUUGAAUGGACAUCGUGUUGGCUGUAUCGAAACAACUCGGAGAAUCAUGGAAACUGCCAGAAGCGAAUUCACUUUGGCUCCGGCGACCCCCGGGGGGAUGACUAAGUAUCGCAUGGCUGUGGCUCGGUCUCUCCUAUACAAGUUCUGCAUGGGACUACCUGCUGGCUCGACGGAAUAUGGGUUCGCACCCGUCCACAAGCGUGGACUUCAGUACUACACACCUUUGGGAGACCAUCUCGAUCCAGUUGGCAAAUCAGUGAACCAUGUGGCAGCAGACAAACAGGUCCGUGGAUGCGCCGAUUUUUUCGACGAUUUCGCCUGUAGCCAGAGUGAGCUCUUUCUCGACUUUGUGCUUUCUACGCAAUCUACUGGCUCGGUUAUCUCGAUGGAUUUCUCUGCGUGUCCCGAAGUUAACGGGUUCGUUGGCGAGGUUACUCACAAAGACUGUAAUGGCAUCCGCUCGCUUGGCGCAAUCGUCCACGACGAACCUCUCUUCGCUGUUUUCGAUGCUGGCUCCAACGUAUCUUAUUGUGGCCAAAUUCUGGCAGUAGUCGUGGCGACCGAUCGAUACGCUGCUCGUGUUGCCGCUGCAGCUGUCAAGGUGACCUACUCGGAGGACCGUCCGUCACCGAUUGUUAGUAUCGAAGAUGCUAUUCGCGAACGGAGCUUUCAUCAACUCAAGUUCGUGGGUGGUGGAGACUAUGCAUGCAUUCAUACAGUCCUGGAUCUCCACUUGGGAUCGAACAUUGAAGAAGUUAUCGAAUUUUGUCGAUCUCGACCCGACGAGUACGCUGUCGUCAGCGGUCGAUUCAAAAUGGCCGGCCAAGAACACUUCUACUUUGAGACUCAAGGCGCUCGUGCUGUUCCUACUGAUGGAGGAACGGAGAUUGAAGUAUUUUCAUCCACGCAAAAUCCGCAUGAGACACAAAUGAACAUCGCUGAAGUCUUGGGCAUACCCUUCAAUAGGGUUGUUGUUCGUACCAAGAGAAUUGGUGGCGGCUUUGGAGGGAAAGAGACCCGCGCUUGCAUCUUGGCCCCCUAUGCUGCUCUAGCUGCUGUGAAAUUCAAUAGACCUGCUAGGUUUCAAAUGAAUCGUGAUGUCGACAUGUCCAACAGCGGCAAGAGGCAUUCGUUCCUGGCAGACUACACGAUUGCUGUCCGUCGGGCGGACAAAGCGCUGAUUGCCGCUGAUGUUGAUUUAUAUGCAAACGGGGGAUAUUCGCUUGAUUUAUCGGAGUGCGUGGUCGACAGAGGGAUGAUGCACAUGACGAAUGCCUGUUUUGUGCGCAACGUUCGAGUUACUGGUCGCGUAGCGAAGACCAAUAUUGAGAGCAAUACUGCCUUCCGCGGCUUCGGUGGGCCCCAAGGUCAAGCAGUUGCUGAAGCGAUGUACGAGCAUGCUGCCUGCGAACUGGGAAUCACACGGGAAGAGUUAGAAGAGGCCAACUGGGCCCAUGGCCUUGAUAGCGAGAGGAGCUUGACUCACUAUAAUCACUACCUGGGGAACGAGGUGCCAUCGGAGGAUAUGUGGACCAAGCUUAUGAGGGAUUCGGAAUUUCAUAAGCGGCGUACUGAUGUCGCCGAGUUUAACAGCCGUAAUCAGUAUGUGAAGCGGGGCAUCGCUGCAGUGCCAAUACGGUUCGGGGUAUCGUUCACCAGCCCACACUUGAACCAGGCCUCAUCACUCAUUACUUUGCAAAAAGAUGGAUCAGUACAAGUGUGUCAUGUCGGAGUAGAGAUGGGGCAAGGUCUCAAUACUAAGAUAUCUCAGGUUGUAGCCAGCGAGUUGGGCGUUCCUGUUGAGGCAGUUCACAUCUCUGAGGCAAAUACUAGCAGGGCGGCAAAUGGAGUGGCUACUGCUGCCUCUGUCGGAACCGAUCUAAAUGCGAACGCCGCGGUCGAUGCUUGCAGACAACUCAAUAAGGCUAUCGAGGUGAGCAUCGCGUGCACUAUGGACCGGCGUGAGAGAUGGAUUCGGGGAUUUCAGGAGUACAUCGACUUCUCGAUUGUCGACCCCCAGACAAGACUAGCGAAUGCAGCCACCAAAGCAUGGUUCGACCGUAUAUGUCUUAGUGCUGUAGGAUAUUAUAGGACCCCCGAGAUAACCGGAGCUGACUGGUCUAAAAAAGGGGUCAAUACGUUCAACUCAUGCCCGUUUUAUUACUAUGCUUACGGAGCUGCUGCUUCGGAAGUUGAAGUCGAUCUGCUCACCGGAGAGGCGCGAGUUUUACGCGUGGACAUACUUCAUGAUGUCGGGAAGUCUCUCAAUCCUGCUGUCGAUAUCGGACAGAUCGAGGGUGCAUUCGUACAGGGCUACGGCCUUUUUUGUAUGGAGGAGCCAAUCUAUGAUCACCAAGGUCGCUUGGUCACUCGUGGACCUGGGAUGUAUAAAAUCCCCUCGUUCGAUGAUAUACCUUGUGAUUUUCGUGUCACACUGUACGACAGGACUAGCAGUCCCACUAUUCGGGCCAGCAAGGCGGUGGGAGAGCCUCCACUAUUUGGAGCCGCUAGUGUAUAUUAUGCUAUCAAGGAGGCCAUCUACGCUUCACGAGGGAAUCGAAAACACUUCGAACUUGUCUGCCCUGUGACACCUGAGCGUAUUCGCCUAGCCGUGUUCGUUCCUGAGACUGGAGAUGAUGACUCCAGUAACGGACAACCAGUUGGAGAUAAGUGGCAUGCCUUCGCUUGA